UACGAUCGCGAGGCGAAAACCUUUGACGACGCCGUGAGGUCCAGUGAAUACUGGUCCGGCAUCGAAAACAUGCGCGCGUCGCUCGCGUACGGCGCCCGCGGCGACGUGUUGGAGGUGGCGUGCGGUACGGGAAGGAACUUUUCGUAUUAUGACCCGAAAAAAGUGCGCACGCUGCUGGCGAUGGACGCGUGCGAUGGGAUGGUGGAGGAGGCGCGCGCGAAGCUGCGGACGCGCGACGGCGGGACGACGGUGCGAGAGGCGAUCGUGACGCGAGGAGACGCGCAAAGGAUGAAUGUGAAGACGGGAAGCGUGGAUACCGUGGUGGAUACGUUUGGGUUGUGCAGUUACGAGGACGCGGUGGGGGCGUUGCGAGAGAUGAAGCGCGUCGUUAAGCGAGACGGCGGUCGGGUGUUGUUGCUCGAGCACGGACGAAGCGAGUACGGCUGGUUGAGUAAUAUUCUGGAUCAUUUCGCCGAUGCACACGCGCGACGAUGGGGAUGUUACUGGAAUAGGGACAUUUUGAAGCUAAUCGAAGACGCGGGGUUGGAAAUUGUGGAAAAAUCGACGCACCAUCUCGGCACCACGUUUGUCAUCGAGGCG